AAAAAGCUCAUCGAAGAAGGAAGCGUCACUUUUUUCCCAUCGGUUAUAAUAUGCCGAAAAGACUACCCGUCAAUACAUAAAGAUUCGUGUAAUAAAUAUGAGCGCUAAAUGCUUCGUUCCUAGUUGUAAAAACAAGGUUGGGAUCGCUUUUCCGGACGACGAGGACAUCAAGCAGAAAUGGCUGGAAAUUCUGGGCAUUCCGCAUAUGAAACCGAAACCGUCAAGCUUUGUUUGUUUAGACCAUUUCCAAGAUGAUGGGGACGCCGAUGAUUUAUCAAAUAUUGAAAAUGGAAAAAUCGGCACCGAAUUAAAACCAAAGUCCAAUCGAAUAUCUAUCGAAGGCAAGACAGAUGGUGAUAAACCGGAUGAGAAGCAUAUUAAACAGCCUGUAACAUCAGGAAAUUUAGAAAUAUGUAGAUUAUGCAUGGAACACAAAGAUGAGACGAAGAACAUUUUCAUCGAAGAAAUCGAAGAAAGCACUCCUAUUGUAUUCGCUAUUUUAGCUUGUAUACAUCCUAUUGAGAUAUCGUACGAGGACAACUUACCCAAAACGAUAUGCAUAGAUUGCCUGAAUAUCCUCGAGGUGUGCUUCAAGUUCCGAUCGGUCUGCUUGAAAAACGACAAAAUCCAGAAACAAUCUUCGCGCGGUAAAAUCCAACCGGUCACGUCGAGCGCGAAGAAGCAGAAACGAACGGAGGACAUCGAAACCGAUACCCCCGAACCCACCAAGAAAGCCAAAACCUCCGAAGCCAAAGACAACUACGACGAACUCGAGGCCAUCAACGAAUUUCUCGUUAAAAAAGACGUCAAACAGUCGGCGGUUAAAGCGGAGAAAGACGACCCGUCGAGUCGAAACGAUUCCACCAAUAUUAUGGAAGAGGAACUUCGUAAGGUUUUAGAAGGAACGUUAUCCGAAGAACAGGCGAGCGCCGAUAACAUAAUAAUACAAAUACAAAAUGACGACGAAAGCGCCGAAGAUUCGGAUGAACAAUUGGACGAUAGCGAAAUGCAAAAAUCUCCGAGGCAAAAGCGCGGUAGGGCCUCAUCGCAUGAAGUUUAUUCGGAAAAAACGGUUAACGUGAAAUCGGGGAAAACCAUUCAAUCGACGCUCGGCAUUUACGAGGGAACGAAUAUAACCUCGUUUUACGACAUGCAAUUCUGCGAAGUCGACAAUUACCUGUUCGAGUACAGAUUGUGCAAGCAAAACGUUAGAUAUAUGAGAUGUCUAAUGCCGUACUGCGCCGCUAGAGGGAUGCAAACCCAUUUGGGUAGUUUCGUGUUCGGAAACGAUGUCACUAUAACGACGCCUCAUAAUCACAAAUGCCCCACCGAGGCCGAGAAGAAGAAACAUAUAUUCUUCUACAUCAUGAAGAGGAAAAUGCACAGCGAUAAAUCGCUGAAAUUCAAGAAUAUAUACGACGAAAUUUGUCAGAAGGAUUCCGAAAUCAAGCAACUAAUUCCUCUGAGGAACGUAAUAAACGAAAUCUGCCGUCACCAAUUCAACCACAAACUAGUACCGAUCACGUCGUUCGACGUCCUGUACAAUUACAUCGAGGACGAUUCGUUCCAAAAGUACCAAUUCACGCUCGAAGGCACUCAAUUCUACCAGGAAAGAUUCUCGACGGAAGACAAUGCCAAGGCCAUCGUCUUCGCUAAUCUGGACAUAAUCGAAGAAAUGUCCGACAGCGAUCUGAUGUACAUCGAUGCUUCGUUUAGAAUCGAAACCAACGAACCGUUCUCUUAUCAAUUAGUUACAGUUUUGGUGUGGAUCGAUGAAAGCUACUAUCCGAUCAUGUACGCCUUGGUGAACUACAAAACGCAGGAAAUCUACAAGAAGAUAUUCGAAUUCCUCCACGACACGCUCGCGCCGCACCUGCGACCCGACGAAAUCGUCACCGAAUACGAAUCGAAUCUCUACUACGCCCUGGGCGAGAUCUACGUGGAUUCGAGCAUCGGCGGUUCGGUGUUCUACUACACGCAGAACAUCUACAAGAAGAUAUGCAACACCGAUCUGGCGAAGAGCUUGGAGACCAACACCUACUUCAGGAACAUCUAUCACAUGCUGCUGAUGCUGCCCCUGUUGCCCGUCAACACCAUCGCCGACGGCUUCAAGAACAUCCAAGCGCAGGCCCAGCAGAUGGGCAUUUACGGUUUGAUCAAGCACGUGUUCGCCCACAUAGAGAACGAGUGGUUGAAGAAGGUCACGCCGGAUUUGUUCUGCGUACACCGCUUGGAGAACCGAAUCAACGAGAACGUGAUAGCGCCGUUCAAGAAAUUGAGGGAUUACAUAAUGUUGUCGAAAGGCAAAUCGCAGAAGUCCUCGCCGGACGUGUUGAUCGUCAUCGAGAAAAUCAUCGAGCUGGAGCAAUUCCUGCACGUCACGUACACGUCGGGCAACAAGAAGUGCUUCUCGAGGGACUUGAGCAGCACGCACAAGAAGAACGUGCUGAAGGCCUGGCAGUUCAUCGAGUCCCACCCGAAGAUAAACAUCAACAAUUUCUUUUCGCGCGUGCUGGGCUACAUCAAGUGCAUGGAGAACCAGCUGUGGAUUUGGGGUUUCUAUCGGUACAAAGGCGAGGUGACCGACGAGCUGAUCAACGCCGCCAAUUUCUCGAUCAUCUGCGACGUGGACGAGACCGAGGGGGCCGUCGACGGCGGGGAGUCCACCGACGACGUGGGGGAAUCGGAGGAGAUGCAACAGAACGAAAACGGGGAGGACGGCGAGGAGGAAAUGGACGGGGAGCAGGUUAUUAUGGACGCUGUUAUGGACGAGAGCGGUGGGUUCGUUUUGAAAGCCAGAAAGGGUAGGAAACCUAAAAGUAAUUCUACUUGAUAAAUUUUUUUGUGCGUGUAAUUAUUCCGAAGCUAAUUUUCGUUUUAGAUACGUUUAAAUUGGCUUUAGGAGUAUUGUAAUAAUUGAUAUAUUUAAGUUGGACGUUUGGUUUAUUGAUGAUAGUGGGAUUUGUUCGUAAUUUUCACGUUACACAACUUGUUUAUCAAUUAAUCAACGAUUAAUCUCAUAAUAUCAUCGAUAUAUACUAUCAAAAGUAAAUAUUUUGUAUAUACGAAGGUGAAAUAUACAGUAACUUUUAUCUAGAGACGUGCUGGAGAAACGGACGGAAAUUUGUUUAGUUUAAUAAAAUGGAUAAUUUUAAUGGAAAAAAAAUUACAUACUUAAAAAAAUUACAUCUCUUUCGUUUCUUCUAUCAUCUCAUCUUCCUCGCGACCGUCAUCCUCCUCGUAAUAGUCCUCAUCGAUAGAGGCGCUCUCGUACUGCUGGUACUCGGAUAUCAAAUCGUUCAUGUUCGAUUCGGCCUCGGUGAAUUCCAUCUCGUCCAUGCCCUCGCCGGUGUACCAAUGCACGAACGCCUUCCGGCGGAACAUCGCCGAGAAUUGCUCGCUGACGCGCUUGAAUAUCUCCUGUAUGGCCGUCGAAUUCCCGAUGAACGUGCCGGAUAUCUUCAGCCCCCUGGGCGGUAUGUCGCAGACGGCCACCUUCACGUUGUUCGGUAUCCACUCGACGAAGUAGCUGCUGUUCUUGUUCUGGAUGUUGAGCAUCUGCUCGUCGACCUGCCGCAUCGACAUGCGGCCCCUGAAGAUGCAGGCGGCGGUCAGGUAGCGGCCGUUGCGCGGAUCGCAGGCCGCCAUCAUGUUCUUGGCGUCGAACAUCUGCUGGGUGAUCUCGGCGACGGUGACCGCCCUGUAUUGUUGGCUCGCUUUGGGCGUGAGCGGCGCGAAGCCGGGCACGAAGAAGUGCAGCCGCGGGAACGGCACCAUGUUGACGGCCAGUUUGCGCAGAUCGGCGUUCAAUUGGCCCGGGAAUCGCAGGCAAGUCGUCACACCUGCAAUAUGCGUUAGUGAAAAGAUUGUAGGAAGAUGGAGAAUCGCAAUAAGUAUUCACCUGACAUGGUGAGGGAUACCAAAUAAUUGAGAUCGCCGUAAGAAGGAGCCGGAAUCUUCAACGUCCUAAUGCCGAUAUCGUAUAAAGCCUCGUUGUCUAUGCAGAAGGUCUCGUCGGUGUUUUCGAUGAGCUGGUGCAUCGAUAAAGUAGCGUUGUAGGGCUCCACGACGGCGUCGGAGACCUUCGGCGACGGUACGAUCGAGAAGGUCGCCAUGAUCCUGUCGGGGUACUCCUCGCGUAUUUUGGCGAUGAGCAGCGUCCCCAUGCCGGAGCCGGUGCCGCCGCCCAGCGAGUGGGUCAGCUGGAAGCCCUGCAGGCAGUCGCAGCCCUCCGCCUCCUUGCGGAUGACCUCCAUCACCUGGUCGACGAGCUCGGCGCCUUCGGUGUAGUGGCCCUUGGCCCAGUUGUUGCCCGCCCCCGACUGGCCGAAGACGAAGUUGUCGGGGCGGAAGAGGCGGCCGUAGGGGCCGGAUCGGGCCGAGUCCAUGGUGCCCGGUUCGAGGUCGACGAGCACCGCCCGCGGGACGUAGUUGCCGCCGGAGGCUUCGUUGUAGUAGACAUUGAUGCGUUCCAAUUGCAGCGGGGAGUCGCCGGCGUAUUUGCCGUCGGGCUGGAUGCCGUGCUCGUCGGAGACCACUUCCCAAAACUGCGAUAGAGAUUAUGC